UUAGCCAGUAGUGCCAUCGAUUGUUUUGCCAGCUCUAGAUCCAUCCGCAACUUUGGAAAUAAAUAAAAUAAAUGUCAAAAUAGUGCUAAUGUUGCGUGAGUUCGUUUAGUUGGUUAACGCAAUGAUUUGUCGCUUGUGCUUGAACACAUUGGACGAGCAGAAUGCCGUGCUGCUGUUCACUGGUGCCGAGAACGAGAGCAACAGCGACAACAAGCCAAUACCGGAAAACUAUUUGGUUCAAUUGAUAUCGACGCAUUUAUAUCUCUGUCUCUCUCGCGACGAUGCCAUUUCGACGUCCAUUUGCACGGAUUGUUGUGCGCAACUGGAGAGUUUCCACAACUUCUGGAAGCUGGUGGAGCACAAGCAGACAACGCUCUGCAGUCAGUUCUUAGAAAUUGACUGCGAUGUCAACUGGUCGGAGGAGGGCGAUGCGACGGCCAUCAUCGAUUAUGAGCAGGACCCUGACCCUGACCCAGACCCAGACCUUGACACGGAGCCCGUUGGCGAUGACACGCCCACAGUUUACGAUGCACUGGUCAAAGAGGAAACCGAAUUUCACGAAUCAUACCUUAAGGUCGAUCACAAGGCAGCGGCGGCGCACAAGUUUCCCUGCAUGUUUUGCGAGAAGUCAUUCAAAAUGCGCCGCUAUCUCGAGGAGCAUGUGGCCACGCACACCGGCGACCGACCCAUUGCGUGCGCCUACUGCAAUAUGGCUUUUCGCUGUCGCUCCAACAUGUACACACACGUGAAGACCAAGCAUACGACACAGUGGCAAAAGGCGCGCGACGAACGCGAAUCGGCCAAGAUCAACAGCAACAACAAUGUGCAAAUCCAAAGAACCAUCAAUGGUGACAACAACGACAAGCUUAUGGAUGCAUCAAUUGUGCCGCCCAGCGAGCCGAAGUCCAGCACACCACAGCCGACACUAAAGAUAAAUGCAGCAGCAGCAGCACCACCACCAGCAACAGCACCUCCUCCUCCAGUUCCAGCUGCAGCGCCACCGGUGUCAUCAACGCCUGCGCCCACUGUGCUACCAUCGUCGCCGAAAAUUGUCAGCAUCAAGUGCGAGCCCAUGGAGGCCAUCAAUUUAACGGUGUCCAAAACAUGCCCAACGCCCGCCAAACGGGUGACACGCUCCAGCCGCCGCAAGACGCAUUCGCCCAAAAAAGUGCAGCAUACGGCUCGCAGCGCUAGCGCCAGCGAAGACAGCAGCAACGAGGAGUUCGCUGAUCUGCACGAGAAGCGCUUCAAGAGCGAACUGCAGACGUGCAAGGAAAACGAGCUUUUGCUGGCCAACUACAAUGCCGUGGCCGCUGUUGUGGCAGCUGCCACGCAGCAGCAACAACAGCGUUUCUGUGCCACAAUCAUGCAGCAGCAUCAGGAGCAACUGCUAACAGCCAUGGCCGCCGUCAGCUCCAGUACUAGCACCAGCACCAGCUCAGCGGCGGCGGCGGCAGCAGCUGCUGCUGCUGCUGCUGCUGCUGGUGCUGUGACGCUAACCAGUCAAAGCAGCACACCAGCUGUGGCGCCUGCGCCCGCUAACGUUCCGGCACUGGCAACACCUGCUGCUGAGCCCUAUACGUGCAGCAUCUGUGGCCAGCAGCUGCGCAAUCAGCGCGCGCUCAAAAAUCACCUGCACAACAAGCACAAUACGACACAAACGCCAACGACCACGAACGCUACGACGAGCACGACCACAUCCUCGUCCAGUCCCAGCCUGGCACUGCCCAUCUGUGCCAACUGCGGUGAGGUGCCCGGCCAGAAUCAUCGCUGCCUGAGCAAAGCCAAGUACGCCUGCGACGUCUGCGGCAAGUCAUUCAAGAUGAAGCGCUAUCUGGAGGAACACUUUGCCACACAUACUGGCGUUAAGCUGCACACCUGCGCCUUCUGUCCCACGGAGUUUCGGUCCAAGUCGAAUAUGUAUCAUCACACCAAGCGCAAGCACAAACUGGAAUGGGAACGGUCACGGGCCAGCCGCACCGCGGCCAAGUCAGCUGCCGCAGAGCAGCAGCAGCAGGAACAGGAGCAGGAACGGGAGCAGGAGCAGGAGCAGCUGGAUGAUGGAGUAGUCACAAAUUCCUAAUGCGAGGCAGACCGCGAGAUCAUCUAAAGGCAGCGUUCGCCGCCUGUGCACAGAGCACAGCACCCAUAUAUAUAAUCGAUAGUUACUUUUUAGUGUGUCUAGCCGUACGUACUUAUGUACUUUAACGUAUUCCGGGCUGGGAUAGACUGUCCCAUGCCAGCCCCGAUAUGCUGUUGUAUAUAUAUAUAUAUAUAUAUAUAUAUAUAUAUAAUUACUUUAUGUACUCCUCCUCUUAUGCCUUACCAUCUAGAUGUAAAGCAUUGCUUAAUCUCUGCCGCCGCCUCCACCUUAAUUUGUCAUGCGCCUUCCGCUCAACCAUAUUCACACACACACACACACACACACACCCAUAUAUAUAGAUAUAUAUAUAAACUGCAUACAUGUAUACAUCAUACAAUUUGAUAGAUAUAUUCACGGAAAUUUUUUGUUUUUUUCUUUCAUUUUGUAUAAAUUUUCAAUUCUCAUUUACAAUUUGUGUGUAAACAUAUUUUGCGCUUAAAUGUUAUUUAAUUUAUUAUUAUUAUUUUUAUUAGAAUUAUUUUGUUUUGCACAAAAUGCGAGCUAAAUUGUACUCGAUACUCAAAUUUUAUGUUUAGUUUUUAAACCCAGUUUUUAGAUAAAAUAUGAACUCAAUAAUGAAAUCCAUUUCCUUACAACUCUUUAUUUGUUAUGCUCCUUUAUACAACUACAGAAGAAGAGGAAGAGGAAAUUGAUGAUAAAGCUGUUGAUGAAUGAGAAAAGAACCUCGACGAUUUUGAGUAUACCUCUAGUAAUAAAAACAUGUAAUAAAAAAAAA